AUGUGGGUGACGUCUAACAUAGAAGAAUGGCAUAAAGACCAGGAUUCCAAAUCCUACUAUAACCCUCAUACCGUCGCGUCAAUUGCACUAGGGUUUGGGGAGAAGAAGGUACCAGGGGGGAACGAAACCGAGCGAGAAGAGCUUGGAGAUACUCCGAAUCAUAGCCGCAAAGGUCGUCACGUUAAUGGCAAGCAGAAUGGAACAAAUGGACACGGUGCGAGGGUCAGAAAGUGGCACUGGAAUGAGAUAGUUUGGAAAUGUGCCUUUCCCGCGGGUAUCUGCUAUUUCUUUAUGGCAUGGGCCAUGCUUUUGAGCAGAGAACUGCAUCGCGACCAAUCUUAUAACUCAAGAUGA